AUGUUGAGAGCAAUUAAUGGUCACACACGUGUUCUGCGACUUCUUCUUUCUGAUCCAUCCAUUGAUGUCAAUGCCACUAACAACUCAUCACGUACAGCAUUGAUCCGGGCAGCUCGUGACGGACAUUUCGAAGCUUUAGAACUUCUCUUGAGUUUUCCAGGCAUCGAGAAGAACAUCGUCGACAAGAAGAAUCGCAGUGCUCUUCAUUACGCAGUUCUUCUCCACCACAAACAGUGCGUUGAGUGUCUUCUGAACGACAAAGAUGUCAAUCCACAACUUCCUGAUGAUUCUAGUUUCACACCUCUUCACAUCGCUGCAUCUAAUGAUUUCUCAGACUUAAUCCGUCUUUUCGCCGAUCGAGAUGACGUUGACUUGAACUGCGUCGACUCAAUCCAGUGGACACCUCUCCAUGUUGCCGCUAAAUGCGGCUCAACUAGUUUCGUCGAAGAGUUGCUUCAACACGAAAAUGUCGAUGUCAACCGUCAGAACUUGAUGAAGCGAACUCCUAUUUUCAACGCUAUUGAAAACGAAAAAAUCGAAGUUGUCAAAGUUCUCCUUUCUCGUGAAGAUCUCGAUUUGAGUGUUGUUGACAGCGAAGGACACACAGCUAAAGACGUCGCACUCCAGACAAAGAACGAAGAUAUCAUUAAUCUUCUUUUAAAUAAAUGUUUUUUUUAUUAUUUUUAUUUUUUAAUAAAAAAUGAUAAUAAUAAAUUCUUGAAAAAUUAA